AUCCCGUGUUUACACGUCAUAACUAUGCGUCGAGCUCCUUGUGGUUUGAAGUGCAAGAUUUUAAAAGUUUUCGUCUAAAACAGGUUCCAUUAUGGCUCUGGCGGGGGUGCGUGUUAUUGAGCUGGCAGGACUGGCACCUGCGCCUUUCUGCGGGAUGAUCCUGUCGGAUUUCGGCGCAAGGGUGAUCCGGGUAGAUCGGACGAAGGUGGCGAUGACUGUUGACACUCAAGCAAGAGGCAAACAGUCAGUGGCCUUGAAUCUGAAGAGUCCUAAGGGUGUCGCUGUUUUAAAAAGACUGUGUCUCCAGUCAGAUGUGGUUUUGGAGCCUUAUCGGAAAGGCGUUAUGGAGAAGAUGGGAUUAGGUCCUGAAGACUUAAUAAAAGAGAACCCCCGCCUGAUCUACGCACGUCUCACUGGUUAUGGUCAGAGCGGAUCCUAUGCCAAGGCUGCCGGGCAUGAUAUCAACUACCUGGCCAUGUCAGGGUUGCUUUCCAUGCUGGGCCGCAGUUCAGAGAAACCAUACGCUCCACUGAAUUUGGUGGCCGAUUUUGCUGGAGGAGGUCUCAUGUGUGCUUUUGGGAUUGUAUUGGCGCUCCUGGAGAGGAGCAGGUCAGGACAGGGCCAGAUCAUUGAUGCCAGCAUGGUGGAAGGUGCAGCAUAUGUGGGCUCAUUCAUGUGGAAGUCCCGCAGCAUUGGCCUGUGGAAUCGUCCUCGUGGGGAAAACUUGCUGGAUAGCGGCGCUCCUUUCUAUGAUACAUACCGCACUUCUGAUGGAAAAUAUGUGGCGGUCGGGGCUAUUGAGCCUCAGUUUUAUCAACAGCUUAUUCAAGGUUUGGGAUUGGACGACACUGACCUGCCCUCACAAAUGAGCGUUACUGAUUGGCCGCAGCUCAGGCAGACUUUCACACAGGUGUUUGCCACAAAAACACAAGCAGAAUGGGGUCAGAUCUUCGACGGGACAGAUGCCUGUGUCACUCCUGUUCUGUCUCAGGAUGAGGUGCUUUCUCAUUCUCAUAACCAGGCGAGAGGGUCAUUCCUCAAAGACUCUCAGGGGGAAAUUAGCCCCCGUCCUGCACCGGUGCUGUCCCGUUCCCCAGCAGAGCCCUGUGGAUCCCGUGACCCCUUCAUUGGAGAACACACUCGGUCAGUGCUAAAGGAAUACGGGUUUGAUCAAGCGCAAAUCGAGCAGCUUCUGUCUGCCGGGAUCGUAGAGUGUAACGAAGCUAAAGCGCGACUGUAAAUGAAGGAGUUUGAGUGGAGAGCUAACUGUGUAUGCAGUGAUGCAGAGGAAUCAGACAUCAUUUCUAUCUCACAUUUCAGAGCAGAGAGAAUCCCUUGUGAAUUGCUGCUUCAGUCGAGGUGGACUUAAUGAUUUUGGGCUUUUAAGUUAACCUGUCCAACAAUUCAGUUCUAAUUUGUAACCGCUCUAGGGGAAGUGAAGAGGGAUUUAAUUAAAGUCUAUUGCAAAUGUUGUGUA